UGUAACUUACACGGUAUCUUAUCAGUUAUCUACAAACCCAUCACUGCAUAUAUAGAUAGAACCAAGAAAUGACUAGAGGUCUCUAGUCUUCUUGGAUAGAACUAUGUUUACAUAUUACAUAGAACUUAGAAGUUAGAGCAGGUUAGAACUUCACUCUUCUUCUAUGUAGUGUACCGGUCAAAAUAAUACAGAUACACAAAAUAAAUAAAAAAAAACAACAAAUUCAACUAAUUAAUUAAAAUGUCAAAAUUCUUUGCAUGGUUUGCAACACCUGUCGGAAAAAAAUUUGUUGGUAUUGCUGCAGUAACAACAACAUGUGGAGUUUUUUCAGCUCACUAUUUUCCACAAACAUUUUUACUAAAAAACUACUACCAUGAUUUCGUAACAAUGCGCAAAAAUGGAAAUCCUCUUCCUGUAACGCCAAAAUUGACAGCACUUGUCAAUGAAGUUUUUGAUGAUUUGAAGUUAGAUGAAUACAAAAGAGUAAUUAUCAAACCAUUUAUGGUUUUUGGCUUUGACGUUUGGCAUGCAGGAUUUUUGUCAUCUCGUUUUGGAUCUCUCAUUGGUUUACCAAUAAAUUUUACAUAUACUGACGAAAAAUUAAUUAACAAAGAAUCAAUAUUAAUUAACAACGAGCCAGUCGAGUGGAAUAGUGAAGAGGCCAAACAAUUAAUUGAUUCUUUAAUGUUAUCAGAGGAAGCUAAAAAAUAUGCAAUUGCAAGAGAAAUACUGAUGACAGAUAAUACAAACGUUACAACUCAAGCUAUUGUUUCAUCUUUAUUGGUUGGUGCCUGUUAUGGUUUUACUUCUCACUUAAAUGAAAGUCUAAAAAAUUUUCAAAAACCACAAUCAUUGCGUGUAUUAUUUUACGGUAUAAUGGGUACAUUUUUUUGGGGACUUUGGACAAUGCAAAAAGAUGCAUGGACAAGAUAUAUUGAGGCUGACGUUGAUAAAUUAUUGGCACAAUUAGGUCCAGUAUAUGUUAAAGGUGGACAUGAAUAUUAUGAAAAAUUAGCAAAACGUAAUGCUGCACUUAGAAGACUUCUUGGUGGUGAAGGACAAAAUUUAUAUACAGCAAAUGGUAAUGAAGUAAUUUGGCUUCGACAAAAACGACUUCCUGUUUCUUAUAGAAAACAAUACUUCGGCGAUUUAUUAAAAAAUUACGAAGUCACUAAUGCUCAAGCAUCAUAGUUGCACUUAUAAUUAUUAUUGAUUUUUAAAUAAAAAAUUUGUAAAUAUGA